AUGAGCCCAGGAAUCAUGACGACCAAGGAGGUUUAUCUGCUGCCGCUCAACGACGACGGCUCGCCGCAGGUCGCGGGCGAGUACAUCUACCUCGACGCCGGCGGCGAUGACCCCAUCACCAUCCGCUUUGCCAUUGAGGGCACGUCGUCCAUCUGCCGCAAUGGCAGCCUCUGGGUCAACAUCCCCGAGCAGGGGGCCGAGUUCAGGCGGGACAAGUUUCGCGAGUACAAGCUGACUCCCGACUUCAACAAAACGCUCGAAAUCUCCAUCCCCAUCCACCAGUCCGGCGUCUUUGCCUUUUAUACCACCUAUGCCCAGCUGCCCAACCUCGAUCCGGAGGACGUGCCAAAGUCGACCGACAAGGACGAAGCUCUGAAAAAGACCCCGGUAUACUACAUCGAUGUUGCUCCUCGCCUCAAGCUGGAUGGGCGUCCAUUGCCCCUGCCCGCGCUGUCGCUCUUCUCCAUCAUCAGCAAGCUCAUGGGCCGCUUCCCCGGCGAUUGGGAGCGACACCUGCGGGGCAUCAGCGAGAGGGGAUACAACAUGGUGCACUUCACCCCUCUGCAGAUUCGCGGAGAGUCAAACUCGCCCUACAGCUUGUAUGAUCAAUUGGGCUGGGAUCCCGCCUGUUUCCCCAAGGGCAUCAAGGAUAUUGAGCAAUUGGUCGAGCAUCUCGAGCAAAAGUACUCGCUGCUGAGCUUGACAGACAUUGUCCUCAACCAUACUGCAAACAACACAAAGUGGCUAGAGGAGCAUCCCGAGGCUGGCUACAAUUUGACCACGGCCCCGUGGCUGGAAUCUGCCUAUGAGCUCGAUACGAAGUUGCUGGAGCUCAGUGGCAAGCUUGAGGAGCUGGGCCUGCCUGUCGAAGUCAAGAGCACAGAGGACCUAUUGGAGGUGAUGGAAGGUAUCAAGAAGCACGUUAUCCUCCCGCUCCAGCUAUGGGAGUAUUAUGCCAUCAACGUUGAGCGAGACGCCGACGCCAUCGUGGAGGCUUGGACUAGCGGCAAGACGUCCCCUCCCCAAAACGGCACUGCUACGAUAAAUGACUUUGAGCACCUCAAGACGGCAGCAAUUGAUGAGCACGUGGCUUUUAUCAGAGAACAUGCCCUCCAAGGCACAGACCGUCUGGGAGAACGAUAUCGGCGAAGAAUUGAGCCCACUGUUGCGGCUACCUCGUUGGCGUUUCACUUUGGUCGAUAUGAGGGCGAAAGCACCCAGUCGGCCGAUAAAGCAGCUGCCAAAGCCAAGGCAGUUGAGGUCUUGGAUGCCAUAAACGUUGACUUUUAUGCCGAAUACGACAAAGAUCUGAACCAAAUUCUGGAGCAACUUUUCAAUCGUAUCAAGUACGUUCGGCUGGACGAGCAUGGACCGAAGCUGGGUCCGAUUAACAAGGCCAAUCCCCUCAUUGAGACUUACUUUACUCGACUGCCAGUCAAUGACACAACCUCUAAGCUCACUCCGGGUGAGCGGGCUCUAGCCAAUAACGGCUGGGUUUGGGGUGGUAACGCAUUGGUAGACAACGCAGGUCCAGACUCUCGCGUGUACCUGAAGCGUGAAGUCAUUGUGUGGGGAGAUUGUGUUAAGCUGAGAUACGGAUCUGGCCCAGAGGACAGUCCAUUCCUAUGGGAACAUAUGACAAAGUACGCCAAACUGCUGGCCAAGUAUUUUGCUGGCUUCCGUAUCGACAACUGCCACUCAACCCCAAUUCAUGUUGCAGAGCACAUCUUGGAUGAAGCCAGAAGAGUUCGGCCAAAUCUUUACGUUGUUGCCGAGCUCUUUACAGGUUCUGAGGAGAUGGACUAUGUGUUUGUGAAGCGGCUCGGUAUCAGCUCACUCAUCCGUGAGGCCAUGCAGGCGUGGAGCACGGGAGAGCUCAGCAGGCUUGUUCAUAGGCAUGGUGGCCGCCCUAUCGGCAGCUUUGAAGUUGAUGACAUCUCAAGGUCUGAUGUGACGACGCCAUCAGACACAAAGGGAAGCACUGAUCUUACAAGAGAGGUCAUUCGGAGGAUCAGACCCUCGCCGGUCCACGCCUUAUUCAUGGAUUGCACUCACGAUAACGAGCCGCCUGCUCAAAAGCGUGACGCGCGCGAUACACUGCCCAACGCCGCUCUCGUCAGCAUGUGCGCGAGUGCAACGGGAAGUGUCAUGGGCUACGAUGAAAUCUAUCCAAGGUUGGUCGAUCUUGUCAACGAGAAGCGUCAUUACACGUCUGAAGCGUCGAGAACAUCGUCAAUCAAGAUCGGGAGAGGCAAGGGGGGCAUAGCUAGUAUCAAGAAGCUCCUGAACCAGAUCCAUACUCUUAUGGGCAAAGAUGGUUACAACGAAACUCAUAUUCACCAUGAAGGCGAGUACAUUACCAUACAUAGAGUGCAUCCUGAGUCUAGAAAAGGCUACUUCCUCAUUGCUCACACUGCGUUCCCGGGAUAUGGCAACGGAAGAGGAGAAUUCAACCCCGUUCAUCUGACAGGAACUCGAGCCAACCAUCUGGGCAGCUGGAUGCUCGAAGUUGACGACCGAGAAGAGACUGUGAAAGCCGUCAUGGAGGAUACCAAAUUCCUUCGGGGCCUUCCCAGCCAGGUGGUGGAUGUUCCUGGAAUCAAGAUGGAGUAUCACGGUCAAGACACUACAAUUUCGGUUCGCGACAAGUUCCCUCCUGGCAGCAUUGCUCUCUUCGAAACCUGGAUCCCAGCUGCAGAGCACUCUACUGGUCUGGACAACUACGUCACUUCUGGUGCCAAACAGGCGUGGGCCAAUCUGAACCUGAUUGAUCUCAACUUCUUGCUCUACCGCUGCGAGGCAGAGGAGAGAGAUGCCAGUGACGGGCAGGACGGGGUAUAUGAUAUUCCCGGCCAUGGAAAGCUCGUUUAUGCUGGUCUCCAAGGAUGGUGGAGCAUCCUUGAGGGAGUAAUUCGCGACAAUAACCUUGGACAUCCACUCUGCCAAAAUCUGCGAGACGGCUCCUGGGCUCUCGACUAUAUCGUAGGCCGAAUUCAAAAGCAAAGCCACUCAGAGGGUAGCGAGGCCCUCUCGGGACCUGCGGCUUGGCUCCGAGAACGAUUCGAGGCCGUCAAGGCCAUUCCAAGCUUCUUGCUACCCCGAUACUUCGGACUCGCCAUCCGCACCGCAUACAAGGCCAGCUGUGAUCGGGCCUUGGAGCUAAUGAACGAGCACGUUGCCAAGGGUCAAUGGUUCCUUGGCAGUCUCGCCAUGGUCAGCGUGCAACAAACUGGACUCAUCAAGUCAGCCUCCCUGUGGCCAGACAAGCAAGUCCCUUCCAUUGCUGCUGGCCUACCGCAUUUCGCUGUGCAAUGGGCUAGAUGCUGGGGCCGAGACGUCUUCAUCUCCAUUCGAGGACUGUAUCUCGGAACCAGCCGCUUUGCCGAGGCAAAGGAGCACAUUCUUGCAUUUGCAAGCGUUUUGAAGCACGGUAUGAUACCCAAUCUUUUGAGCAGCGGCGCCGCACCGCGAUACAACUCGCGAGAUUCGGUGUGGUUCUUCCUUCAGACCAUUCAAGAUUACACUCGCCUUGCACCAGAGGGGCUCGACUUGCUCAAGGUAAAGGUUAGACGACGCUUCCUACCAUACGAUGACACUUGGUUCCCUGUGGAUGAUGAACGAACCUAUUCCAAAGAGAGUACGAUUGAGGAGAUUGUACAGGAGGCUCUCCAAAGGCACGCCUCGGGAAUGAAGUAUCGUGAGGCAAAUGCCGGACCUCAGAUUGACUCUCAGAUGAGAGACGAAGGCUUUAACCAGGAGAUCAAGGUCGACUGGGACAAUGGACUCAUUUUUGGUGGCAACCAGUUCAACUGUGGCACCUGGAUGGACAAGAUGGGUGAGAGCGACAAGGCUGGGUCCAAGGGUGUUCCCGGCACUCCUCGUGAUGGUGCUGCCAUUGAAAUCACGGGUCUUCUCUACAGCACUUUGAGAUGGGUAGAGAAGCUUCACAAGCAGGGAAAGUUUGCUCAAUCGGGCGUCAAGACUUCCGAGGACAAAGCCGUCACAUGGACGCAAUGGGCCGAUCUCAUCAAGGCCAAUUUCGAAAAGUGUUACUACGUUCCUCGCACUCCUGAAGAGGACGCAAAGUAUGACGUUAACCCCAAUGUUAUUGGUCGCCGAGGUGUUUACAAGGACCUGUACAAGUCUGGCAAGGAGUAUGAGGAUUACCAGCUUCGGCCAAACUUUGCAAUCGCCAUGACUGUGGCGACAGAUCUUUUCGACCCCAAGCAUGCAUGGCAAGCUCUGUGCCUUGCAGAUUCGACGAUCAGAGGGCCCACAGGUAUGGCGACAUUGGAUCCAGCAGACAAGGACUACCGUCCAUACUACCGCAACAGCGAAGACAGCCACGAUUUCGCAACGAGCAAGGGCCGAAACUACCACCAGGGACCGGAGUGGCUGUGGCCAACAGGUUUCUUCCUCCGCGCACUGCUCAAGUUUGAUCUUCAGCGCAGAAAGACCCCCGCUGGCAGGACCGAGGCGUUCCAGCAAGUGACUAGAAGACUGGCUGAGUGCAAGCGGAUGAUUCGGGAUAGCCCGUGGGCGGGUCUGACAGAGCUUACGCAAAAGAAUGGAGAGUACUGUGGUGAUUCUAGCCCGACACAGGCAUGGUCUGCUGGUUGCCUCAUUGACCUAUACAUGGAUGCCAUGGAAGAGCAGGAAGCUUUGAAGAAAUGA